CCUUGCAGGUCCGGGACAGUGUUGCAUAUUCGGCGCUGUCGCCAGCUCGCGGUGGGUGCAGUGUGUAGUGCCAGUGUGCUAUUGAAAGUGUCGCCUCGAAAAACUACGCCGAGUUCUACCGAGCGCGGCUGUGGCUCAUUCGUCAUCCCGGGCCCCUGGAAUCGAUUGUGUUCCAAAAAUGUGCUCCAGCUCCAGACGUUCAUUGCGGAGCGUCGCAGUACGGGCGCUGAUCCUGGGGCAGCUUAUCCUCCAUGUGACCGUCGGCCAGCAGUACACCGGAGUCAAAUUGGUGUCACCCGGUGAGGAACAGCGACAAGUACCUGCCCAUUCGGCGCGCUCAGUCGAUGACGUCGGGCUGUCGCCCGCGAGGGACAGCAACAUCAUCAACCUGUCGAUUAAACCACUCAGCCGCGGUCAGGGAUUUACCGCGGCGAAAGGCCGCAAUCUGGGGUUCGUGAGCGACGCGUCGCUCAACACCAUCCCGGCCGGCAUCAACAACGAGCUGUCGAAUGUGGAUGUCCGCCCGUCGACGACGACGCACCAGGCGAGUGCGGGCCUCCGGGAUAGCUACGGCAACCCGGUGACACCGUUCACGGAUCUGGCCAACGCGAACGCGGACCACGCGGUCGGCUUCCAGACGAAUGUCAACCGCGAGUCCGGGUUUCCAGCUUCGCGCAACGGCGGCGUCGUCGUCGGCGGACAGCAGCAGCUGGCGUUCAAAGUGCCCAGCUAUGCGUCCGGCAUCAUCGCACCGAUCGCACAGCCUAACUUUAGUCUGCUUCCGCCGAACGCGGCUGCCAGCACGGGCCUGCCGCCGAGGCAGCAGACCCAGCCACUGGCACCGCAGCAGCAGCAGCAGCAGCAACAGUUUGUGCCGGAUGCGAAAAUCCCCGUCCUCCAGGACGGCCAGAUUCUGUUCGCACAAAAGCCCGUCAACGGCCUGUUGCCACCACUGUUCCCGGACCAGUUACCUGCCGUCUACCCGUUGGUGAUGAAUGUCGGUACCGAGCGGUCACCGAUUUUCGCACGCGAUCCUUUUACUGACCCGGCAACGGCGGCGAUCCCCAACAACGGUGUGGGCUUCAAAACCGACGUCAACAAACAAACACACUUCUCGGGAUCAUUUCCCCAGGUCCCGGUAGCACCACCAGCAGACACCGUCCGCCCGCAGCACCAGCAGGCACCGUCCCAGCCGUCGCCGCCGCAACUAGGUCAAUCCGUUGCUGGGCCAACCCCUACGAAGGCUCCUCCCGUACAGAAGUACACCGGAGGGUUCGGAGGACCGGCCGGAUUUCUGGGCAGCCAGCAAAACAUCGGCACGGCGUACACGUCGACCCCGAAAUCGGUUGUCGCCCCGCCGCCAGUGGUGCAGCCUCUUCCGCCACCGCAAGCCACGUUCCGGCCGACGGCCAGGCCCGUCGAGCAAACGACGGUCACUAAGUACACGGGAGGGUUCGGAGGCCCCGCGGGAUUCCUGGGCAAUCAGCAGACCAUUGGGACGGCCUACACGGAGCAGCCAGUGGCCGGGGUUGGCACGCCGCCAACUGCACCAAGACCAGCACCAGUGCCAGCUCCAGUUUCCUCUGGCCCGGUAUCGAAUGUCUUCCCCACCCAACAGCAGCUGCUUCCUAGCACCGCUCGUCCGGUAACGCAGCCACCACCGAACAAGUUCACAGGAUCAUUCGGAUUCGGAUCGAACAACCAGGGAGUAGGAGGGUCCGGUGCUAGGCCGACUACGGUGUCAUCCUUCGCACCACAGCAGCAGCAGACGCCGCAACCAGUCGGUCGUCCUCAGUCGUUCAACGCUGGCAACAAGUUCACCGGAACCUUCGGUGGAGCACCGGGACUGCUGGGUAACCAGCCGCUGGGUACGCACGUGAAACCGGACGGCACUAUACUGCCGCCGUCAGCGCCGGGAGGUUUCAGUGCGGUGACGGCUCCUGCCCACCAGCAGCAUCAGCACACCCAACAGCUCUCCGUUUCGGACUCCGCCGGCAACCGGUUCAGCGGCAGCUUCGGUGGUCCGCCGGGCGUACUGCGUCCGUUCGACAAUACCAAGGGUUGAAGAGGGAAUGCGCGAAGCGGUGUGCUUCGCGUUGGGCUUUCCUUCUGGGCGUGGGCCGCAUCUUAGUAUUAUUAACGCUAAGCUAACUAGACUUUUAGGACACUUAGGAUGGUUCACGCCAGUGCGAACUAAGAAUGUUGAGAGGUGUGUCCACCUCGACGUUCACAAAACCACAGCUCUCUCUCUCUCUGGAAAAGCUUGAAGAAUGCGAAGAA